GUUAGGGACACUCCUGACACCUGGCAGCCCAGCUCUGACAUUCAAUCUGAGCAGAAAAUAUUGUGAGCAGCAGCUCAGGGGGAGAGGGACUGGUGACGAGCUGGUAACAGAGGGAAGGAGAGAUUUCAUGUGGAUCAUGGAAGGGGAUACAAUGUAACAAGACAAAAGCAGAGGACAAGAUGCCAGCAUCUGAAACAAGGCAGGUUUAGAGCAGGAGGUCAGGGUGAAGGGACACAGGGAGUUGCUGUGUGGAUCAGGGGCUGUCCUUGUCCUGGGCUCUGAGCUAUGGUUGUGCUGCAUUUCUCCUUAUCACAUCCAGCCUUACACUGACAGCAGCUCCUGGGAGAGAGGGCUCAGCAGCAUGGGAUAGAAGCAGAGAGGAGCCUGGGACAUAGGAGGAUCCACUCACCCUUUGGGGUACCAACAUGGAGGUCAUGGAGCAGGAAUCAGAGGAGGUAAGAUGGCAUUUCUGGUUAUAUUAUUUACCUUUUUGCAGUCUCUAGUUUUGCUGUAACGUAUAAGACAUCAUUAAUAUCUACCCCAUGGCAGGCAGGGGUCGCAGGUUUCCUGUUAAGUGUGACAGAUUUAUUUUUAUAUUCUUUAUGACAUCCUGCCAGGGACAUUGGAGGCUGUUUAUCUUGUUUAUUCAAGCAGGGAGGGGGCUGGCUCUGUACUCUGUGUUAUUAUUUUAUAUUAUUUACUAAUAAUCCUUUCUUGGGGCAGGGAGGUAGAUAUCAGUCAGGGCAGGGUGUGCAGCUACAGCUCCUGCUCUCUGUAUAUUAGAUUUCACAUGUUCUCACUUAACUUGAUAAAACAUGUGCUGGGACCUGCUCUCAGCGAAUAAAAUAUUAGUUGGAUUUCAAAUACUCUCAUCUAAUGACACAUCUUCCUUUGCUGUUUAGCAGCUGAUCUACUUUGGACCACAGUAUCCCCUGAGCCUGGUACCAGGUAAUGUCAUCUAGUGCUGGAUCCGAAUGGGUCACCUUUGGUCAUCCACAAUUCAACUCCGAUCAACCUUCAUUGACACAAUUUUUCUUUUUUUUUUUUCACUUUUAUUUAUUAAUUUCCCUUUUAGGUCAUUGCUGUAAAAAUAUAAAGUGUCUUAGAAUAUGUCAACACUAUAAAAAAACGAGAGAGAUUUCUGGGAUAUUCACUAAAGAGUGAACUGUUGGCAGUCGGCCAGGGAAUUUAAUAUCAUGGGGCAAAAUAGCUGACAAGGAGCAAUUCUUCAACCUUACUACUUUUGGACAAAAAAUUCAAUUCCUCUAUAGGAUUCUUACUAUUUCAUUUUUUGUGAACAGUGCUGACUGUUAUCACAGUUCUACAGGCUCUGUGCAUAAUUCAUUUGCAAUCCACAUUAGAAUAUUAUAUUUUGUUUUAAGAUUUGUGUCAACAAUUUGUAUAGCAUACAAGUAUGUCCCGUCGAGUCCCUUGCUCUCUGCCAAAGACCUACGUAUAUCCUCUCUCCGUACUCCCACAUCUGAUGCUCGCCUACAAGACUUCUCCAGGGCUGCACCUUUCCUGUGGAACUCCCUUCCCUUCUCCGUUAGACUUUCACCCAGUCUCCACUUAUUCAAAAAAUCUUUGAAAACACACUUCUUCGGGAAAGUGUACCAUUUACACUGUUAGUGGGGUUUCAUCCCCCUCCAGCAACUGUCCAAAAUAACCUACCAAGUAAAUACUUUUCUAGCAACCUAUUUCAUUACCCCUACUUAUACCCUCUGUGUCACUAUAACCCACUCCCUCUAGCAUGUAAGCUCAUUAAGCAGGGCCCUCAACCCCUCUGUUCCUGUGCAUCCAUUUGUCCGGUUACAAUUACGUGUCUGUCAGUCCACCCAUUGUACAGCGCUACGAAACUUGCUGGCGCUAUAUAAAUAAUAAUAAUGAGGUACACGCUAUGUAUAAUCAAAUUUUAUCCACAAGGUGCAAAGCUAGGCAGACACUCCCCUAACUGUCAAACACAAUAAUGCACAAACAAACCAGGAUUCACACAAAAGCUAUAAUUAAAAUAUAAUUAAUGCUUUAUUUACACACUAGUACAAUAAUUAAACAUACGCAACAAAUAAAAAGAGACCACAGUAAACAAAAGACUAGAAUCUGUACAUCAAUACGUACCAGUAUUGCCAUCAAUAUCCCACCAGGUGAGACCAAGUGAUGACGUCCUAUCUGGUCUCCAUCGAGAUUCUCUGCUGAUGGCCAUCAGCUGCCCAGAGCGGUAUAUUUACGUGACCAGGUAGAGUUUGAUACAAGGCGUAUCUUGAGAAAGGCGUCCCUGGAAUGUUGCUGGUUUGGUGGUUGUGUCCUGGAAGGCUAUCAGUGGUAGUGCUGUUACAUUCUAGCCCUUUUCACUGUUUUCUCUUUUGUGUUCGUUUUAUUUAUUUAUUUAUAAAAUAUUUUACCAGGAAAGAUACAUUGAGAUUUCUCUCGUUUUCAAGUAUGUCCUGGGUCCACAAAACAUUGCAUUGUUAUAAUAGGAUACAAUAUUACAAAAAUACAAUAUACAAACAAUAAAUACACACACACACCUAUAUACAUUUUACAUAAAACAGAUGAUAAAAAUAUUCACAUAAAUGUAUGUGUUUUAAUUUAUUCUAUUUGUGUAAACAAAGCAUCAAUUAAACUGUCAGUAGAUUUGGUGUGCAUCCAUUCUGCCACCUUACACUCUUUGAGAGUGAGCUCCUUUUUAGUUUUUUUUUUUUUUAUAUUAAAUAUAUAUAGACAGUCCGAGGGGAGUCGGAGGGAAUAGAGAAUCAAAGCUAUGAAUGAUGUGAAGCUGUAAGAUAAAUAAAAUUGUAACAAAAUUUCAGAGUGGAAGUCUUCAAUAAAAUGCUGCAAGAAUCCACCAUAUCCGAAGUAUUGGUUCAGGGAACUUACCAGAAAAGAGAGAGAGGAAAAUCCCUAAUUUAUCAAUUAUAUUUUUAAUAUAAACACUAAAAGGAGUUCAUUCACAAAGCGUGUAAGGCUGAAUUGCGAUCUCCUCAAACUAAACUGCCUAACCCGAUACUGCGAUUCGCUGUCAAUAUUACUACAGACCCUCUGUACGGCCUAAAUUCCUUUGGCUUUUUUCCCAUUAGAGUGACCUUCUUUAUCCACUCAGAAUGUUUGCUGUGAGAACAUUGAUGUUCUAAAAACAAUAAAAAUUGUUAAUUUAUUUAAAGAGUAGACAUUCAUUUCUCUUGCGCAGGAUGAUGGAGUCUGUCUCAUUCUAUGCUCUGUUCCGCUACAGAUCUGGGAGAAGAUGCUGGACUUUACAUGGAGUUCAUGAUGAAGAGUCCAUGCUACAAUGCCAUUCCUACGAGUUGUAAGCUGGUUGUGUUUGACACCACUCUGCAGGUAAGUAAUUAAUGAAUUGGUCCGCUCACUGGACUUUUCAAGUGUUCUAAUUUUGCUUAAAGCAACUCUAUGUGUUAGGAAUACAAACCUGUAUUCCUAAAGGUUUAGCGUUCUCUUCACUUUUUGGGUUAUCAGGCCCCUGUGAGGGUUAAAAAGGCAAGAUUAACUUAACUUAUCCCAUGGUGCACUGGCUUAAACAUGGUUGCUUCACUUCCUCAGUUGAGAUCAUCAGUCGUGAUGGUCUCAGCCAAUCUAAUGCUUCCCCGUAGGGAUAUAUUGGGAGGAUAGGGUGCAUGCGUGGCAUAUUGCUGUGUCAAUUAGCGUCUUCUUACAGAAGUGUAUCUCUAUGGGAAGCGUUCAGUGUCUCCAUGCAGAGCAUAGAUAAGCUAACGUACAUCCUGCAGAGAUUGUAGGACCUCAUCCAGAAAGUUCCUUUACUUCAUUUUUCCAGAAAGCCUGCAGGAGCAGAACUCCUUCAUUAAGCUGUAGUGGUGAUUAUAGUGUCCCGGUAAAAUAAUGAAAAGCUUGCUUAAAUCAAGACCAUUUUGGCUGCACCUGGUCCUUUUUCAAGAAGCUAUCUUGAAAGCGUUGUGUAUAUAUGCUAAUCCUAUUAAGGGGGGAGGAGGAGGAAGCUGUAUGGAACUGACAAUUAAAGGACCACUAUAGGAACCCAGACCACUUAUGCUUAAUGAGGUGGUCUGGGUGCCAGGUCCAGCUAGGGUUAACCCUUUUUUCUAUAAACAUAGCAGUUUCAGAGAAACUGCUAUGUUUAUAAAUGGGUUAAUCCAGCCUCUAGUGGCUGUCUCAUUGACAGCCGCUAGAGGGCUUACGCCCUUCUCACUGUGACUUUCACAGUGAGAAGACGCCAGUGUCCAUAGGAAAGCAUUGUAAUUGCUUUCCUAUGGGCUGGCUGAAUGCGUGCACGGCUCCUGCCGCGCAUGUGCAUUCAGCCGAAGAGGAGGAGGAGGAGAGCUCCCCGCCCGGCGCUGGAGAGAGAGGUAAGUUUAACCCCUUCCUCCCCCUAGAGCCCGGCGGGAGGGGGACCCUGAGGGUGGUCCUUUAAUAUGCAACAUUUAGAUCAAAAUAGCUGUCUUGGAAGAUGCUGGUGGCACCCGCGAGGGGCAGGCUCAUUAGGUUCAAUUAAAUAAAUCUCACCUUCCCCCCCCUUUAGACCCCCAGUGGCAAUGUCACUGUCGAGCUCUUUGCAAAUUCUGCAAAGUACCCAGUUGGUGCCAGUGGUGCUUUAUUUUUGCCCCCUGGCUGGAGUCAGCUCACCACAACUCACUGUUUACCGUGCUAUUUUAAACAGUGAUAUUCACAUUGAUUUCCUGCCAAUUCUUAAAUUUAAAGCAAAAAGUAGCUGAAUUGGAAAAACUAUCUAAGUCAGCUAUACUUCCAAUUCAGCCAUUUUGGGCUAAAAUUUGAAAUCCACUUUAAAUUCCUGACAAUCCUCAAUCCUCACCUGCUAGUGUAUAAAUCCCAGCGAUGUUCCUGUCUCCGAUAAUCAUUUAUUUAUUUUUUUGCAGAACUUAUUUUUAUUGUGUUUUGGAUCCCUCUUGGGAGUGUAGUAGCUUUCUAAUACUAAAUUUGCUAACUACACCUUGAUUAAUAUUGCAUUUGUGAUUUAUUCUACAUCCCUUUAAGUCCCUGCCAUUUACUAAACUAUGAGUUCAUGAUCAGAGAAUAGCACAUUUUGAGGCAAUUAUCUGGUCAUUUUUCUGUAGCUGAGAUUUUAGUUAAAUCCUUGCUUAUCCUAUUCUCUGUAAUCCAUGGAGAUUAUUCCCUACAGAUAAAGAAAGCCUUCUUAGCGUUGGUGGCUAAUGGGGUACGAGCGGCCCCCCUCUGGGACAGCGCAAAUCACUGUUUUGUGGGUAAGUUUGAUUUACAUGGUGACUCCUUCAAUAAUUCAGAAUUCGUCUCAUAUCCCACUGUCUCUGUGUACCAGGAAUAGAGUAUGCCUGCCUGCCUCAUUCCUGCUUGCGAUCUUAUUGAUUUAUUUAUAUAUAUAUUUUACAAAUCAAUGUUUGUGAACGAUUAGAUACUGCAGCAUCAGACUCCAGGAAGUGAACCUUCUGGGAAAUGGUAGAACUAAUAUCAUUUGAAGGGAAUGUAUACACUGGACAUUAAUUAAUAUUAUUUAAGUAUUUACUGCCAGGAAUUCUAUAUAUUCUCAGAUUCAGCAUUAAAUUAACUAAUCAGCUUUAACAAGGAAUUUGUUUGUAAAUAUCUUUUCUUUUCUUUUUUCCCAGAUGUUCUAUUUUGUCCUAAAAUGUGCAUUUUCCUUAUUUCUGAUUAUUUAUUUAUUUUUGUGGAUAUGAAACAAUGCUUGAGAUGUUUGUGUGUGUGUGUAUGUGACAUAUUCUCAAAGUUGUCCUUAUGUUUGUGUCUGAUUAUUUACACGUAUACAGUGACUUUUGUUAUAUCGUUCAAAUAGAUUUGUAUUGUAUUGUAUAAAAAGAUAUAUCAUUUGUUACAUUGUAUAUAUGAGCCGUAAACCUGGUAACAUUGUAUUUGGUGUCUCCGUAGGAAUGCUGACAAUCACAGAUUUCAUUAAUAUUCUGCACAGAUAUUACAAAGCCCCCAUGGUAAGAACACAUUCACACAUACUCAGGGAUGCUUGCUGCGGAUACACAGCCCCCCUUUCCCCUUAUUUAUUCCCAGGUGCUAGUUACAAAGCUUGACUUGUUGUUGAUGACUGAUAAUUACAUUCAACAGUAUUCUGAAGAGACCCAGUGACCUCCGGCAAGAGAAGGAUGAUCUGACAAAUCCCAGCAACAGACCAGAAUACUGGCAAUCCAAUCGCUUAGCGUUAGUGAGAAUUGGGUUAUAUUGGCACCCCCAUGGGGUUUGGCAGCAUUUCGGAGUAUGCAGACCUUCCUGAGGUCUUCAAGUGUUGGAAUUCUUUUCCUUCUGACAGAUAUUUAUAAUUGUGCGUUUUAUAAUUGAGUCCCAUUUAUGGAUUAAGGGAACGGGUCAUUAUUUUCCUCUGAUUAAUCAAUAAUGUGAUUUUCACAGAAAUAUUUAAAUUAUUUGUUUUUUAUUUCAGGUUCAGAUAUAUGAAUUGGAAGAACAUAAAAUUGAAACCUGGAGAGGUAAAAUGAAACCAAGUAUUUAACGUUUUGAUUUCGUUCUUUCAGCUGUUUAAUAUAUAAUUUGGUACAACCAGGUGGCAUUGCCUCUAUUUUACCAAAUUAAAGCAACCAAAACAAUUAUCUUGUGACAAUGGUAUAAGUGGAACUCGAUCACGUCCAAUAUAGAACUUUCUCCUGUUUUUAAUUAGGGUUAUGCGGUACCAUGCAAACAUUUUUUAAAAAGAGACGUACAAUAGUGUAAAACAAUUGUGAUUCAGUGAGCAAUGCCACCUAUAACGACUCAAUGUAACCUCCAAAGAAGAAGAGAAUGGAGACAGACUAGUGUAGUAUAUUAAGAUGAAACCAUAUACUGGUACUGGGUUUGGCCGGUGAUAGCAGGAGGAAGUAUGGCAUUUCCAUGAGAGACUCAGGUCAGACCUCAAAACGCAAAUCAAAAAUCAUGAUUUGCGUCACUAAUUAACAUAAUUAUUUUUUUUUUUUUUUAUCAUUCUGGUUAACAAGUUCACUAAGCAAUCAGACUGUCCACACACAUAUAUAUAAUGUGCAACAACUUGUGUGUCUCGAUUUCCUUGCAACAUGUUUGCCUUUUCUAUACAUAAAUGAUCGCCAUACGCACUGCUUGGGGAUAAGGAAGACGGUUUCCCUGCUUUUUGUCUUUCAGAGAUUUAUUUACAAAGUUCAUUCAAGCCUUUGAUUCACAUAUCACCUGGAGACAGGUAAAUCUGAAAUCUGAUCUCCCCACAAUGAUAUUCCAAACUGAUUAGCAAGUUCACUAAAUUUAAAUAUAUAAUCAUUCGUAUUCAAUAAAACAAGCUGUGAAUUAUACCGAGUUGACCUCACUGAACUAUUCAGAAUUUACCUAUCAAUACCCCCAAAUAAAUGCUGCAGUCUGCUGUUUAUUGGGUUUAUGUGGAGGUAUUUUCAGACAAAUUUGCAUUAUUUGUUGAUAUUUGGAGCCAGAUUCAUAUUGUGUUGCCAGCAAACAAAUUUAUCAUUGUUUCUAUUAUAUUUACCUGUAAAACACAGGGGCUCCCAAUAUUCCUAAACAUCCCCAUUAAAAGCAAAUUGAAAUAGAAUGUUACUGUGAUGUUUACGUUUUCAAAUACCAAAUAAUAUUUAAAACUCCAAAUUGAGAAAAUAUUCCCUACAUCUUGAAAUUCAGACUCUAGUGCGAAACCUAGACAUAGAUUAUUAAGGAAUCCUCUUAUCGGGGAGAAUAUGUUACACCAAUAAUGUCCAGUCUUGCUCCUUCAGCGGUAGCCUGACAGCAACUCCCAUCACUCUCUGGUUGGUAAAGCAAUAUGGCGAUUGCUGUAAAAACAAGAGAUGGAGGGCCAAGGUUGGACACCCCUGAUAAACACUUUAUUUUCCAGCCUGUUCCAUGCCGUCUAUUCCCUGAUCAAGAACAAAAUCCACCGUCUUCCAGUGAUGGAGCCCAUAUCCGGAAACAUUCUGCACAUCCUGACGCACAAGCGGCUGCUAAAAUACCUGCACCUUUUUGUGAGUAGAACAAAUUAGACUUCGUGGAAAGGGGUUGAAACUAAACUGAAUUUCAGUUUCCUGAUCUAGAACUGUGAAUGUGUGAGCUUGGAUUUAGAUGCUCCGUAAGUCUGCUGAUCUCCAUUCGAUAAUCAGCUGACAUCGGUCCCAAUUUGGCUCAACCCGAACUCUGACUCAUUUCCUUCAGAAUUAGUCUCCCGGACCCUUGUUAAUGGUCUCAUGCAAACUCAGAGGGGUCCCUUCUCCUAUCUUACUAUAGUACCUAAUCCAGAGAACGUGUGCCGGGUUGUGAUUGGGUCCUGCCAUUAUGGGUUAUUUUUCAUGUUUAUAACUUUUACAGGGAAUCAGUAAAUUACUUAAAAGAUACAUUCUUGAUAACAUUAGUGGAAAUGCUGCCUCAUAUGUUCUUUAAUUUACAAGAGCCAAUAUGGCUCAAAAUGUAUUGGUGCAUUCUUGAAUCUGGGAAGGGUGUAAUCUAGGGAGGGAGAAGGGCUUUAGUGUAGCCUAGAAUUGCAGAACUGGAUUGUACAGAUACCUGGUUUUAGCCAGAAAACUAUACAUGGGGUAGAUUGGCAUUAUAACCACAAAUAGCUACUUUAUUUUAACAUCCUAAUGACAUUUGUGGGAGACUGCAUCCCCAAAAUAAAAUAAACUUGCAGAACGUAUAUAUUCAUAAGUAAUAUCUGCACACAUUCCAUGCUCAGACUGUAUAAAAAUAGAAAUCUAUGGGUGAGAAAAGAGAGAGAUCUUAUACCGACCAGAAUGUUGACUAUAAUUCAUAGUUCUAUAUAAUGUUGCUUAUCUUCAAAUAAAAUCGCAGCACAUUAAAAAGUCUGAAGACUCUCUUGCAUAUUAUUUACUCGAUGAAGUAGCAUCGCAGUGUUGGUUUGCUGAGAGGAGAUUAUUCUUCAGUAUUUAUCUAUCGCAAAUAGACAAGGAAGGAAUCUGUGUGUUGUCACACCGUUGUGAGAUCUGUUGUGUUUGACUGUGUGACCAAUCUGUCCACGCCUAUAGGGAGACACUCUGCCCAGACCACGCUUCAUGCAGAAGACCAUUCAGGAGCUGGGAAUCGGGACGUUCCGAGAUAUCGCCAUCAUUCAGGACACUGCUUCAGUAUACAGUGCUCUAGAGAUCUUUGUGGAGAGGAGAGUGUCUGCCUUGCCCGUAGUGAAUGAAAUGGGUGAGUAAAAUGAUGACUUUCUCCUGCUCACAAAGUCAGAGCACGUGCUAUAGAGAGAUUCAGCUAAACUUUAGGAUGUCAAAAAACUGGAAGAUAGCAUGGGAUAGCUUAGUGGUUAGUGCUCCUACAAUAAUGUCUUUAAUACCUGUUCAGUUCCCAGCAAUUGUAACGCAGACUUUCAUCCUUUAGAUAUGAAGGAUGGAUGUUCUAGUAGAGUGACUGUAACAUUAGUGCCUUCUUGCAUAAAAUGAAGAUUAUAUAAAACUACCGCUAAUGUGGUACCAUAACCAGUACAGUGUGCUCUGGCUGUCCCACAAUGUAAGUAAUCAAAUAGUUUUAGAACGGUUUGACUUCUUACUUUAUGUCUGGGAGCUCCUGCUAGGAACAUCUGUUGACUAUCUUGGGCUAAGCACCACAUAGAGCUGUGGUGGUUAUAGUACUCAGAGUGUUCCUUUAAGCCCAUGGACAUGUUUCUUUACUCCCUUGGUACCAGUCUGUGUAAUUCUAUACCCACCUGUCUGUAACACUGUACCUAGUAAUAGUUGUAAAAUGUAGCAAAUGCUCUGGAUAAACAGAUAAAUGACACACCGUAAAUGCUACGCUCAUAAAAAUGAACACUCCGAUACGAUCAGAUAUUCUGUCAAUAAACUUGAUGUGCAGCGUCUUACAGAAUUCUCCUUUCCUGCACUAUGCCAUCCCUCCUUCCCUCCAGAUGGCAUUCCAUUAACGCUGCAGACUUUGUACCAAACUCCCGGUAGGUGACCUCCUGGCUCGGAGUCUGCAGAAUUGGCAGUGGGCAUGAAAUUUGUAAAAAGGUUUUACACAAAUCUUUUAAGGAAUUUAUCUACUAAAUGUCAUCCAACUGCAGUGAAUUGAAAACUAUAUUGUAAAAUUUAGGCAAUUCUAGCCAAGCUGUAACUAUAGAGGUGCUUAGGAAAUUUUCCAAAUCCAUUAUUUUGACAUACAUGUCAAUUACAAUAUAUUAUUGAAUAAUAUAAAGUGUGUUUGAGAGGAGAUUAGUCUGUGAACUAUCUUCCCUUUCCAAAAUAGAAAGACACGUAACGUGAGACUCUGCAGCUAGCUAGGGUUUCUGUCUGUCAAUCUCAGUUAUACUAUGUAACGGCCCUUUAAAUACUCUGGAUUUAUUUGACAUAUUUAAACAAGGAUCCUCAAAAUAACUUGAGAUAAGUACAAGCAUUUCUCACCUCUUAGUAAUUCAAGAUAUUUGAGAGACGCUACCUGAAAAUUUAAAGCUGAAGUCCUGUGGAAAAGAAAUGUAUUUUAAAUAUCAAAGGAACUCUAUGAAUUAAUGUAAUUAUCAUUUUAGCUUUAAAUGCAGCUUUAAUUGAAUGCUAGAUCCUGCGCUAUGACUCAGAUUUGGUUUAUGGUUCUAGCCGCACACUGUAAACUGUUAAUGAACAAAAAUCAAUAUAAAUCAGACACUUAGAGGUUUAUUCACUGAACAAAUCGUAGAACCUUGCAACUUAAACUCCAAUUACAAAAUUUAGGCCAUAUUCACAAAUUUGGAAUAUUUCUUUAACUCUACAUUUUGGAUAUUAAAAUGUUUGCAUUUUUUGUUUACAAUUAGUUGUUUUGUAAUAAUCCCUACAGAUUGAUCUGCAGGCAGAGAAAUUGACUGUCGCUCGUGUAGCACUGAUGGGGGCGGUUGAAAGGCAAUAUAAAGUAUAAUGUAUUUCUAUUGGCAUGGGUAGCCGUACCUUGGGGACGCACAGUGACAGUUUUAGAAGUGACGGACGCACAGUGGAAGUUGCGGGAGUGAAUAGGAUGAAGAGAUUAAAAUACAAAUAAUAUGUAUGAUAAAACAGAGGGGUUGGCAUAGCACCUGGGUUGUCCUCCUCUUUUAUAAAUCUGUAUAUUGAAUGUUAAAGCACUUUAAAAUCCAUUGCCUUCUGCAAUAAUGCAAACGUGCCUAUAGUAAAACAGAAUAUUUACCUUGGAAGUGUCUCGCUCUAAAUUCCAAUAUUGAUCAGAAUACAAUGAGAGUUAGAGCCAGAACGACCGGGUAUUUAAAAGAAUAAUGUGGAUAGUUCUACUCCUAACACAUUCAAAUAUAUAUGAUGAGCCACAGAUUAACAAACCGAUUCUCACACUGGACGUUUGUGCAUUAUUAGGCUUUGCAGCAUGCGCAGUGAGGUCUAAUAGGAGCAUCCGUCAAAAUUCUACCGCUUAUUUGCUAUAACACUGCUGAGCUUAUCAUUAGGGGUGCAGCAAGGCCUCUAGGAGAUUGUACCUCAAUUUAUUUUAAAUACAUUUAGAAUCUGUUACUCUACAACUUCCAGAAAGAAGUGUUUGGAUAUUGUACAGCAAUAUUUUUAAAGGGAAACACUGCAGAGCUCCUAUAGUGCACAUUCACAACACUUAAAUAUCCAAAGAAAAAUCUAAUUUUAUUGUGAACCUCUGGUAAACUUAUAUUGUUAAUGAAAUCAUUCCUGUAAUGCGGUAAUUGAACGGUGGAUUUCUAUACUGGGAUUAUUACUUGCCAUCGUCUAAUGACUAGUGAUGUCCCGAACGGUUCGCCGCGGACUCCAGUCAGCAGACACAUUCCAGCCAAUCAGCAGCAGACCUUCCCUCCCAGACCCUCCCACCUCCUGGACAGCAUCCAUUUUGAAGCUGCAUUCUUAGUGAGCUGUCCAGGAGGUGGGAGGGUCUGGGAGGGAGGGUCUGCUGCUGAUUGGCUGGAAUGUGUCCGCUGACUGGAGUCCGCGGCGAACCGUUCGGGACAUCACUACUAAUGACUUAUUGUUUAUGUGACAGUGAUGGGUGUGGAGUCGGUGAGAAGUGAGCGCUCUGAGAUGAAGGAUGUGCCAGGGAAUUGGAAGGCGCCAGGAAUGGGGGAAAGGACUGGGGGGCGAAAUGCCAACUGCUCAUUAAUGCUUUAACCCUGUGAGAGCUGGGAGUAUUUAGCGAUGCCAAGGGAUAUAAAGCAGUGUAAUAACCGCUGAAUAAGCAUUGUAUUUCUGUGACAUUUGUAUACCUAGGAAGAAAUAGGCAAUGUGAUUACAAUUAAUCACAUUUUAACUCUUUCUGUGCAGGUAUGCUGCUUUCUGAUAAUCCCUCUCCUCUAUAGAGAGAUGUAACCCCGCUAUACGCUACUCUCUGAUCAUCCCUCUCCCCCUAUAGAGAGAUGUAACCCCGCUAUACGCUGAUCUCUGAUAAUCCCUCUCCCCUAUAGAGAGAUGUAACCCCGCUAUACGCUGCUCUCUGAUAAUCCCUCUCCCCUAUAGAGAGAUGUAACCCCGCUAUACGCUGCUCUCUGAUAAUCCCUCUCCCCUAUAGAGAGAUGUAACCCCGCUAUACGCUGCUCUCUGAUAAUCCCUCUCCCCCUAUAGAGAGAUGUAACCCCGCUAUACGCUGCUCUCUGAUAAUCCCUCUCCCCUAUAGAGAUGUAACCCCCGCUAUACGCUGCUCUCUGAUAAUCCCUCUCCCCUAUAGAGAGAUGUAACCCCGCUAUACGCUACUCUCUGAUAAUCCCUCUCCCCUAUAGAGAGAUGUAACCCCGCUAUACGCUACUAUCUGAUAAUCCCUCUCCCCUAUAGAGAGAUGUAACCCCGCUAUACGCUGCUCUCUGAUAAUGCAUUAAACUGCCCUGUGUCUGCUCUCAUUGCUGCAGGUCAGGUCGUGGGAUUGUACUCUCGCUUUGACGUCAUUGUGAGUAUGAAUUUAUUUAAUAUUUCUAAACUAUUGCUAAAUUAACCCUCGACAUAUCAGUAGUGACCCCUCCCCCACAGCAGAAGAUUAAAUCCGCAAACUCCAGUGUCCUGAAAUCUAUGUCUUAAUUGUGAAUGUAAUGAUAUCAUUAGGGGCGCAGUGUCCAUCUGUAACUAUAAACCACCCAUCCAGGGCCGUGCCAACAGGUGCUCUCAUGUUUUAUUUUGGUCAUGUGUAGUUCACAGAUUGGAGCCCUGCAGUUGGUAUUUUUAAACGCAAGCAAUAUGGACUGUAUAUGGAAUAUAUAUAACUGUAUAUCUUACAGUUAGGAUAGCCUUAUGCCGAUCCCACGCAUGCUUAAAGGGACACUCCAGGCACCCAGACCACUUCUGCCCAUUGGAGUGGUCUGGGUGCCAACUCCCACUACCCUUAACCCUGCGAGUGUAAUUAUUGCAGUUUUUUUAUAACUUCUUUUAUAACCACUAGAGGGCACUUCCGUGUCACGCUGUGUAAGGACCUACAGCGUCGCUCAAUUCUCCAUAGGAAAGCAUUGAAAGCAUUUUCUAUGGAGAGCUCUAAUGCGCAUGCGCAUUGGGUCUUUUCAGCCGGCGGGUGGGAUCAGUCUCGCCCACCGGCUGACGUAAGGAAGGAGCGGCGACGAACAGAAACCACCGCCGAGGGACAUUGGGGGUCUCAGGUAAGUGACUGAAGGGGUUUUCACCCCUUUAGUAACCAGGGAUGGGGGGUGGGAGGGAGAGGGGUCCUGCAGUGCCAGGAAAACAGAUUGUUUUCCUGGCACUGGAGAGUCCCUUUAAACUCCCUCACUGUGUUAACCUCUACCGCUUUAGCUGGAAGGCUAUUCAAUGCAAUAGUGUCUCGUCUUUCCUCCAAGCUAUACAGAUGCAUUAUACAUACUGCAGGGCCGUGGAUACAUUGUACACACUGCAGGGCAGCAGAUACAAUGUACAUACUGAGGGCCUGAGAAGAAGUGGAGGGUUCACUUCACUUGUCCUUCCUGCUCCAAUCUCCUUUUCUUCGUCUCCUACUUUACCUUUGUGCUCCUUGCAGACCCUUCCUGCUCCUUGCAGACCCUUUCUUUUCCUUCUCCUACUUUACCUUUUUGCUCCUUCUGAUGAAUUAUUCUCCUUUACCUUGCUGACCAUUCCAGCUCCUUGCAGACCCUUUCUGCUCCUUCUCCUACUUUUCGUUUGUGCUCCUUCUGCUCUUUUACCUUUGUGCUCCUUCUGUCCCUUCCUGCUCCUGCUGCCCCCCCAUCCCUCACUUACCUGAUCUGUAGGCAGUCUCUGCAAGCUGGGAGUUGCUGGCUGCACUGCCUAUAGCUGCUCCCCCUCGGAUUCAUUCGAGAAAAAAGCAGGGAUAAGGUCCUGUCCCUGCUCUCUCCACACCUACUGGCCGGCGCCGGUAUUGCAAAUUAUUCUUAAUCACACCGACAAAUUGAAAAAUCCAGGGGGGGCGGCGGCAAGUGCCCCCUUCUGCGGACGGUUUGUAAUGUGGGAUGUAGUGGGCGGGCCUAAAGGGGGCAGGCCAGUGAUGUGCCCAUGAAAGGGACAGGUCCAGAGAAAAAAGGUACGUCAGCUUGGCUGCCUGCCAUUCAUAUAUUCAGGGCCGACCAUGCACCAAGUGCCCUCAGUGUAGCUUUCUGUGGACAAUUACCGGAUUCAGAACGACAGAGCCCUUUAUUCUGCAGGAAGUAAAGGAAUGAAAUAAUUGGGGUAGUUUCGUUGGAAUUCCUGUCAUAGUCAGUAGAUUUCCUUCCAGCAGAAAGGGCAACACUUUGCAUGUACUGCUCACCAGCAGGUAGAAGUGAUAUGUCCCAGAAAACAUGGUAAAAGUGGUGAACUAAUUUUUUGUCAUUCCAAGAGACACACGGCUCCCUCUGCUGGUAAUCAGCUAAAAUGGACUUCUGAUAUUCUGUUUUAUGUGCUUCACAAACUAAGAGACCGUAUUUGCAAUAUUUGUUAUAUGAUUACACAUAAUAGAUUCAGUAGAGUUACCCUCAGUCUACAUCUUUAUAUAAAAAAAAGAAUAUAAACCAACCAUGAUUUCUGUGUUACAUUAAUUAUUCUAAUCAGAGCUUUCUGUUUCUCUAAAUGUCAUCCCAAAUUGUUCUCUCUGCAUCACCCAGCACCUGGCAGCACAGAAAAUCUAUAACAAUCUGGAUAUAACUGUCCACGACGCCCUAAAACUGCGGAACCUGUGUUUCGAGGGAGUCCUCAUGUGUUACCCAUAUGAAACCCUGGAGGUUGUCAUUGACCGUAUAGUGAAGGAGCAGGUUAAUAUUUAUAUAUCUAAAUACUGGUGUACCGUGCGUCUGAAGCACACAGAGCUUACAAUCUGAAGAUUCAGACAGCUUGCACACAGAUCUUACAAUCUGAAGAUUCAGACAGCUUGCACACAGAGCUUACAAUCUGAAGAUUCAGACAGCUUGCACACAGAGCUUACAAUCUGAAGGUUCAGGCAGCUUGCACACAGAGCUUACAAUCUGAAGAUUCAGACAGCUUGCACACAGAGCUAACAAUCUGAAGGUUCAGACAGCUUGCACACAGAGCUUACAAUCUGAAGGUUCAGACAGCUUGCACACAGAGCUUACAAUCUGAAGAUUCAGACAGCUUGCACACAGAGCUUACAAUCUGAAGGUUCAGACAGCUUGCACACAGAGCUUACAAUCUGAAGGUUCAGACAGCUUGCACACAGAGCUUACAAUCUGAAGGUUCAGACAGCUUGCACACAGAGUUUACAAUCUGAAGAUUCAGACAGCUUGCACACAGAGUUUACAAUCUGAAGAUUCAGACAGCUUGCACACAGAGCUUACAAUCUGAAGAUUCAGCCAGCUUGCACACAGAUCUUACAAUCUGAAGAUUCAGCCAGCUUGCACACAGAUCUUACAAUCUGAAGAUUCAGCCAGCUUGCACACAGAUCUUACAAUCUGAAGAUUCAGCCAGCUUGCACACAGAUCUUACAAUCUGAAGAUUCAGCCAGCUUGCACACAGAGUUUACAAUCUGAAGAUUCAGACAGCUUGCACACAGAGUUUACAAUCUGAAGGUUGACAGCUUGUACACAGAGCUUACAAUCUGAAGAUUCAGACAGCUUGCACACAGAGCUUACAAUCUAAGGCUUGUCAGACAUCUUGGACGCAGAUCUUACAAUGUUUACUCGGCUAGCAGACACAGCGUGCUGUCUAGUUCAGACCGUUAAUACACAAGAGUUUACAAUUUAGAAACAAAAACAGAUAUUCAGAUAGCUUGUACAGAACUUACAAUUAACCAGUUAUUUGUAAAACUUUUCAUUUGUUUUUCUGCUCCCUCGCCCCCCCUUUAUUCUCAUUCUAUGUUUAUUUUCUUUGUUCCGUUCGGUGUCCCCUUUUUCCUUCUGUAGGUCCAUCGAUUGGUGCUGGUGGAUGACGAUCAACGGCCUCGUGGAAUUGUGUCCUUGUCAGACAUUCUCCAGGCCCUGGUUUUAACCCCAGCAGGUAUUGACGCCCUUAAUUCCUAGCCCUCCGAAGGCUCUUUUCUACCUUCACCCUGCACCUCCUCCUCCUCCUUGAGACACAGGUACGCUCCCCAAAUUCUUAGUCAGGAGCAAGUGUGGGUGUGCGAAAUUGCCUGCACUGCUCACCUCUGUUUCUGCUCUGGUGCUCGUUGGCACCUCUGUCCCUCAAACCUCUGCAUUUGCUCCUAAGCUCUCCUUAGCUGCUUUUUAUUUUUACACCUUCCUGUGUCGCAGGUAUUGGCUUCUCUUUGUCUCUUUUCCUACCUCCUUUGCACCAAUGUUCCUUAUACAUCUGAACCCUUACCAAUUUGGACGAGACUUUGUAGCUGAGAUCUUGUCAUUUUUGAAACCCAUCCCUGACCCCUGUAAUUUGCAGCUGACAUGUUGCUAAUUUAGGACCCCCUUCCUGACCCCUGCAUUUUGCAUAUGAGGUCUCAUCAGUUUGGAUGGAUCCUUGAACUUUGCAGCUAAGCCAAUGCAGGGCCUCCCAUCUCUGUACUCUGCAUGUGAGAUCUUGCUACGUGCUGCCAUGCCAAGAGUAUGGGGGCAAAGUACAGAGCUACGCGCUUAUUUUGUGCUGAUUGAUGAGGUGUUUUGCUUCCAAACACUGCACAGACUAGCAGCUUGUUUGUGCUGACCCAUUUGUACAUGUGGAUAUAUAUAUAAAUAUAAAGUCACAAUUUAGUUUUUUCUGAUUGGACAUAAAACUGUUCAUAUUGCAUGUUCCUUUAUUUCCUCCCCUGGUAAUACUCCUAUCUGCGGAUAUUGAGAAUGAGAUGCAGCGCGUGUUUGUCCAGCACGAAUUUAUGGCAGUCUCAAAGCAUCUUUCUUGUGACAGGUGAACCGUUUGUCAUUCAGUGAUGACAUCAUCACUAUGCCUUUGUGAAACCAUUCUAUUCCUGAAUGUACGAGGUAGCAGCAGAUGAAUUCUGCUAGUGAUAUCCUGUAAAUGAAUCCUUUUACCUCUUACAUGUUUCUUCUUCUUCUCACAGGUCUCGACCGUAAUUCCUUGUGAUGAGACAAUGGAUGGAAAGCUAGACUGGUUGUUGCUUUGGACUUUUUGCGGAAUCUGAAGAGCUUUGAUGAUCUCGUGGCUUGAACGCGCCAGUGGGUUUCUGGAAGAAAGACUCCAGUCAACAUUUUAGUACGAAUGAUCAUCAAAAAAAGAUAGGACACUUCUCUAAAUGGAUUCUGCCAUAGCCAAGUGACUCCUAGAGCAAGACCUAUUCGGAUGUCUGGGAUUUAUUGCAAACAGAAUAAUCCUUACAUGGAGAAUAUGCCACAGACUAAACUAUUUCCCGUUUUUUGCAAAUAUGGGCUCUCUUGUUGUGAUAAUACAGGAACGAAGAAUACUACAAAUAGUGUGGUGUUAACGGAUUCCUACAAGUUCGAUUGCCAUAGGGAUUUGGCAGUUUUUGGAUACCCUGACAUUGAUUUAAUGAACUGAACUCUUAAUUCCGGGAUUUGUUAAGUGCAUUUCCUCCAACUCCUGAUGCAGGCAAAAAAAAAUAUAUUUAUAUUGGACUAAUUUUUGUCUGAAACGGUGAUAUCCUACAUUGGGUGCCCCCGCUGUUACUGUGCUAGAUGUCUCGCGAUUGCUGAGAGAAAAUGAUGCAAAAUAUAAUUAAGAGCCAUGUUUGGACAUCCCUGACCUAUAGUGUUUGUAUUGGAAGCCAUGGCUUAAUCUUUGCCUCUCCUGCCAACACCUGGAUUGGUGAACUGGAUUCACCAAAAAUAUAUUUAUAUUUUUUGUUUAUUUUGUGUUGGUAAAAAAAAAAAGUACAAAAAAAUAAAAAUAAAUCAUACACCAUAUAGGGAGAGGUUGGUCAUAUUUAAUUAAUUUAUAGUGGAGAUUAUUCUUUAUCGUGGUAGUAUUCCUUGACAGUCAAAAAACGUUAUUCAAAACAUUGAAACAGAUGAUGGCUUUAUACAGUGCUGGUUUCUGCUGCAUAGAUAACUAUUAUAUAUUUUUGGAAGUGGUCAUAAGACAACCCUCUCAAGAGGAUUCGUUAUUAAAUGACUACUAGAGCGAAGAUAUGAUUCUUCAUUCUAUGAAAUGCCUGUUUGUUGUUUCAUGCACAUUCUAAAGGACUGAAUCUAUUGAUAUUUCACCUAUUCUCAGCCUUUAGCCUUACAUCUGUUUACUGAGAUGCUCUGAUAAAAAAAAAAAACCUACAUUUAUAUCUGUAGCAGACUGAUUUGUUGUAUUCCAGUUCUUUUCGCAUUGCGCUGCUCACCCCUGUUGUAUUCAAGGGGUUAAACUAAUGCGGCCAUUUUAUUCAUUGCUUUUAAAUACAUUUUCAUGGUUUCUUUAAAUCCACUCAUUCAUGUACAUUUUAGAAAUAUUAUUAUUUUUUUUUGCUAUGGGGAGGAGUAUAUAGUUACAUAACUGAUGUGUCGGAGUUCAGUUGCUUUGCCAAUAACUUAUGUAUAUAUAUUUUUUUUAUAACACUAAAAGGAGUACUGAGCACUUUACAGAUUAUAUUACACUAGAGCAGGGGUAGGCAAUUGUUGGCACUCCAGAUGUUGUGAACUGCAUCCCCGUGCAAAGCAUCAGGGAAGAUGUAGUCGAUAACAUCUGGAGUGCCAAAGGUUUCCUAUGCCAACAGUAGAGGAAGGUAUUGUAAGUGCAGUAGGUAUACAGUAUGUAUAAUAUAUAUAUGUACAUAGCACUUACAGGUGUACUCAGCACUUUACAGGUUACAUUACAGUAGAGGGAGGUACAGUAAGUGCAGUAGGUAUACAGUGUAUGUAUAUUAUAUUUAUAUAGCGCUAACAGGUGUACUCAGCCCUUUACAGGUUACAUUACAGUAGAGGGAGGUACAGUAAGUGCAGUAGGUAUACAGUGUAUGUAUAUUUUAUUUAUAUAGCGCUAACAGGUGUACUCAGCACUUUACAGGUUACAUUACAGUAGAGGGAGGUACAGUAAGUGCAGUAGGUAUACAGUGUAUGUAUAUUGUAUUUAUAUAGCGCUAACAGGUGUACUCAGCACUUUACAGGUUACAUUACAGUAGAGGGAGGUACAGUAAGUGCAGUAGGUAUACAGUUUAUGCAUAUUAUAUUUCAAACAGGUGUACUCGGCACUGUAUAGGCCACAUUACACUAAAGAGAGGUACAGUAGUUUUACAGUGUAUUUAUAUUUUAUAAAUUACUAACUGUACUCCGCACUUUACAGGUUACAUUACAGUAGAGGGAGGUACAGUAAGUAUACAGUGUGUAUUUUAUAUAUUACUAAGUGUAGUAUUAGCACGUUACAGUAGAGGGAGGUACAGUAGUUGCACAGUGUAUUUUAUAUGCAAUGAUAGCGGAGGCUGCAAAGAUAAUGCCACUUUAUAACCUCCUUCUUGUCAAGACAAGUAAUGACCUGUUUGUUGCAAUUAAUUGGCUACACAGUGACAUAAUGUGUAGUGGGAGUCAUUUAUGGACUGUUAUCUCAUCCCUUUAUGGCAAAACCAGACUCGUCGCACAUGAGGCGAGGCUUAAAGUGCAUCUGUCACUUUCCAGGGUCUUAACAUAAUUUGCAAAGACCCCAAAGGUGACAUCUCCAGGCUCCUCGGAAUGGACAAAAGUUGACUCUGCAGCUACGCCUUUCUGUUUCCCUUUUGCCAACUUCCGGCUUUACCAUAAGACAAAGUAGUCCCUGCUUAGUAUUGCUUUGAAAUUGAAAUGGAAAAACGUGGUUCAGCCAACUAACUUUUUAACAUUUAGUUUGUUGCCUAUUUUCAGCUUGUCUGAAUACAAGUUAUUUGGACAAACUAUACAAGUGCUAAAAUGGGCCAGAGUACUGCAAAAUAUAAAUAGUAUGUGUAUAGUUUUUAAAACGAAGAUUUGCACAUUUUCUACUUGAGCCACAGACUAACUUCAGCUUCCCACACCACUGCAGUUGUGAAAUCGCUAUCCAAAAACCGUAAAAUCUUCAGCAGUGUGUCUACAAUCAAGCCCUGCCUGUAAUAUCUACUAAUGUUUAACAAUUCGUUUGUUUUGUUUUGUAUAUGUUUUUAGAUGUGUAACCUGGCAACAUAUGGAAUUGUAUUGUUCGCAUGUUCCGAGACAAGCUUUGAAAGGAAAGCAAUCUCCGUGUAUUUACCUGGAAAAACCAGGCCUGUUCUUCAAAAAUAUAUAUUGUGUGAUAUAAAUAUAGUAGAGUCUUUUUCUUGAAA